AACUGAAAAACAAUGUAUGCAUUACUUUUCAGAAAUUGUUAAGUUAUUAACUGAACACUCGCCAGUAUAUAUCCGUGAGAGGAUGGAUUCAUAUGGAGACACUCCUUUAGACAUAGCUUGUAGAUGUAGCUCUCCAGAAAUUGUUCAGUACCUGUUGUCAAAAGGCUGUAAUGUGUUUGUUACUGAAGAGCGAGGAUAUGGCCCUAUAUUAAGUGCUGUGUCCAAUGUCCCAGAUGAUGCUAUACAUAUUGUUAAUAUGUUAUUAGACGCUGGUGCAGAAAUUAACCACAGAGAUAUCAUUGGACAAACAGCAUUGUUUCAUGUCGCACAAAGCUCUGCUAAUCGCAGUCCAGCAAUUAUAGCAAAAUGUAAAAAAUAUUCAUAUGCAGAUUUAUGUUUGCUGUUGAUAGAGCGGGGAAUUGACGUUAAUAUUAGUGACAACUCUGAUCGAAUUGCUCUGCAUUUGGCAGUUAAAUUGAGACAAGAAAUUUUGGUUCGUAAACUGCUUGUUUGUGGAUGUGACAUCAAUAAACCUGAUAAAGAUGGUUUUACACCAUUAUUCUAUGCGUGUGAGGGUAGAAGUCGGAGACUUGUUGAUCUACUUAUAAGUUGUGGUGCUAAUUUGCGGGCCCAAAACUGGGAGGCCAUUUCGACUGAAUUCCUAAAUGAUGAAGUUAAGCAACUAGUAAACUAUAUUGUGUACAAAUCCAAGCAGUGUCUUAGCUUAUUAAACCUUUGCAUUAUCUUCCUUAGAAAGAAGCUGAGAAAUGUAGACAAAGAUGCUUUCCAACUUGGAUUGCCUCCAUUCCUAGUCAAAUGCAUACAACUUAAUGAUAACCAUAUGUAAUACAGUUUGUUAUAUAUAUAUAUAUAUAUAUAAGUAAAGUUGGACUUGUUAUACAAAGUUAAA